ACGUUGCGUCGGGAUUAGGCCGAGUGAAGACUUCGGAACGCGCGUAUACCGCAAGGUCAAGAAAAAGAAGUUAGCGGCAUCUGGUGAGUGCUUGUGAUUGUAGUGUGUGGUCGAGGGUCAAGCCUCCAGGCGAAGCGCCUAGUGGAAACAAGGAACUAUAGAUCUACUUGUUCCGACAAACGACUUCCUAGGAGUUGGGACCUAGAGUAGUGCAGAAAAAAUGGCGGAUGCGGACUUGGAUAUCGACAAUCUGAUACAGAGAUUGCUUGAAGUAUAUCAAACGCAGAAAGAACAGGUUCAGAAAAAGGCUAAACUUAAAGACAUUUUUACCUCAGACUUUGUCGUGCGAGGAUGUCGACCUGGGAAAUCGGUGGUAAUGACAGAGGCCGAAGUGAGAGGCCUCUGUUUGAAAUCGCGGGAGAUAUUCCUUCAGCAGCCGAUACUACUGGAGCUCGAAGCACCGCUUAAAAUAUGCGGCGAUAUUCACGGCCAGUACACAGACCUGCUGCGGCUAUUUGAGUACGGCGGAUUUCCUCCAGAGGCAAACUAUCUCUUUCUAGGUGACUACGUCGACAGAGGCAAACAGUCUCUGGAAACGAUAUGCCUGUUACUCGCCUACAAGAUCAAAUACCCAGAAAACUUCUUCUUGCUAAGAGGAAACCACGAAUGCGCCAGCAUAAACAGGAUAUACGGAUUUUACGACGAAUGUAAACGCAGAUAUAAUAUAAAACUGUGGAAAACCUUUACCGACUGCUUCAACUGCUUACCCAUCGCCGCUAUUAUCGAUGAAAAGAUAUUCUGCUGCCACGGCGGACUCAGUCCUGAUCUCCAGGGAAUGGAGCAAAUCAGAAGAAUCAUGCGUCCAACCGACGUUCCAGAUACCGGACUUUUAUGCGAUCUCCUUUGGUCUGACCCCGACAAAGAUGUUCAGGGAUGGGGCGAGAAUGACAGAGGCGUAUCUUUCACAUUCGGACCUGACGUAGUUUCCAAAUUCCUAAGUCGACACGAUAUGGAUCUCAUAUGCAGAGCUCACCAGGUCGUCGAAGAUGGUUACGAAUUUUUUGCUAAAAGGCAGCUCGUCACACUUUUCUCAGCUCCGAAUUACUGCGGGGAAUUCGACAACGCCGGCGGAAUGAUGAGCGUCGACGAAACUCUGAUGUGCAGUUUUCAGAUCCUGAAGCCUUCUGAAAAAAAAGCAAAAUACCAGUACAGUGGAAUGACUGCGCAAGGUGGCAGGCCAUCUACGCCGCAGAGGAAUCCAACAAAAAAGAAAUGACCACCUUUCGCUGAUCCCGCGUAGCAGCAAACACUUUCGUUCUAGGUAAGAUGAUUAUAGAGAGAGAGAAAAAAACAAACAAGUAUAUUAAUAAAUAUCUAAUUUUUUAUCUAUUCAGACUGAAUGAUUUACGAUGCAAAUACUGUGAAUACUUACGUCACAUGAUAAAAUCGAUCCCUGUGAAUAUAGAACACUGCAACAGGCCUCCUAAACGUCUUAGACUCGAUUUGCAAAAAAAUUUAAAAGAAAACGAAGAAAAGUUAAACUCCACUGGGAGACCUGCCAUAAGUUCUCUUUUGAUCUUUAGCUAUUUUUCAGCUGGUAGAAUUUUCAUCGCCUUUCAAUGAAUAACGCGUUUUACUGAAAAUAUAUAACGCCGGAAAGGAGGCAAGGGUUCAGUGACACAUAUUGAAGGAAGUAACCUAGUCUCUACAAUUAUAAUUAAACAAAUCAGAUUAUAUUUAUUAAAUUAUUGUUAAUAAUUGAAUCAGUGGCAGUUAUAGACGAUAAUCACGAAUCAUGAAUCACUGCGGUGAACGAUUUCAAGAAAAGUAUAUAAAUAGAUGGGAGGAGCUUUAACUUACAUUGAACGACGACGUCGGACGUUUUCAGUUAACUUUUCCGUGCAUUGAUCUCGCUUUGCUUUAGUUUAUAAAAUAACAUUACCUCUUUUAAAUCCAAAAUUAAUCAGCCAUACUGAGUCCUGAAGAUGCCAGAGACAUUUAACCUGCUUAAAUCCUAAAUCAUACCAACAAUGUGAGUAAAAGUUGACCGAAAUCCGUAGAAUAUUGGACUUGAUUUUAUUUUUCUAUAUGUUUCAGCUGUGGAACGUGUCACUACAGUAUGUACACUAACUAAAAACUCAUAAUUCAAAACGAAACGAAAUAAAAUGAAAAAAAAAUAAACAGAAAACUUGAAUACUUAAAACGGGAAACGACAUCUUCCUUAUUACAUCUCAAUUA